AUGUUAUCUCUGAUGUAUAAUCAUAUUACUCGUAAACUUUCAGCUCUUCCAAGCCAUAGUUGGCAAAGCGUGAUAGGUUUGGAAGUACACGCUCAGAUCAAUUCGAAAAGUAAAUUGUUCUCUGGUGCUGACACUUCUUUCUCAUCCCCAGUGAAUGACAAUGUCUCAUUGUUCGAUUGCUCUAUACCAGGAACAUUACCAGUCUUGAACAAGAAAUGUGUAGAAAGUGGUGUUCUUACUGCUUUAGCUCUGAACUGCAGAAUCAAUCCUGUAUCUUGUUUUGACAGGAAACAUUAUUUCUAUGCUGAUUUACCUGCAGGCUAUCAAAUAACCCAACAGAGAUUCCCUUUGGCUGUAGAUGGUAAAUUGGACUUCCAGGUGUUUUCACAUGGCACCAACAAACUACCUAAUGCUGUGCAGGUUCGAAUCAAGCAGCUUCAGCUGGAACAGGACAGCGGCAAAAGCCUGCACGACUCAGAUAGAAGCCUCGUGGACUUGAACAGGGCCGGUGCGCCCCUGAUGGAACUCGUUUUUGAGCCCGAUCUCACGAACGGCGAUGAGGCCGCCGCCAUGCUCAAGGAGCUUGUUGCCAUUUUGAGCAGGAUCGAUACGUGUUCAUGUAAAAUGGAAGAGGGCGCCCUGAGAGUGGAUGCGAACAUCUCCAUCCGGCGCGAGAACGAGCCCCUGGGCACCAGAACGGAGAUCAAGAACAUCGGCUCGAUCAGGGGCGUCGCGGGGGCCAUAGAGUACGAGAUCAAGCGGCAGGUGGCGGUGAGAGAGGCCGGCGGCGAGGUGGUGAACGAGACCAGGUCGUGGGACUCAGUCGCCAGGCGGACGGUGCCGAUGCGGGACAAAGAAGUGCAACAGGAUUACAGGUACAUGCCUGAACCAAAUCUCCCUCCCCUUCACGUGGCUAUGGGCCCCAUUCAAACUGGAAGCGUCAAUGCCGACGAGCUUCAAAGAUUGAUUCCGGAAUUACCAGAAGAAACGAGGCAUAGAUUGAGAGUAGAAAAGGGACUGAAUUUAGAACAAUCUAUAAUAUUAGUUAAUGAUGAUUCGCUCCUGAAAAUUUUUCAAAGGAUCGUCGGCUGUGGACAGGUUGAAAAUAAAAAGCUGCUCGCCAAUUUUCUGAUCAAUGAUUUCAUAACCCUAUUGAACAAAAUUGAGAAAGACACCUGUGAAGUGGAGGAAUCUGCCGAAUACCUAGGUGAAAUCGUGGAAUUACUGGAAAAAGGCCAUAUAAAUAGGACCACUGCAAAAUUUUUGUUGGAAGAAAUUUUAUCUGAAAACAAUAAACACAGUCCAAUGGAGAUCGUUCGCAAAAAAGACCUAAUUCAAAUAACCGAUGAAAAAGAAUUGACGGCUUUCUGUGAAAAAGUUAUACUUGAAAAUGAAAAAGUCGUUCAGGCUUACAAAUCUGGAAAGACAAAGGUGUUUAAGGCUUUAUUAGGAAGUGUGGCAAAACUUAGUAAAAAUAAGGCUGAUAUGGCGAAAUGUACUGUGAUUCUCAAGCGAUUGUUAGAUGAAUAA